AUGAGCCAAGCGGCGUCGGCCAACGUCAGCGGAGUCGCCGACUACCGAGACUCGCUGACCAAAGCGGCGGUCAAGAACGCGCUGGUGCUGGCCAUCGGCGUCUCCAUCAACUACAUCAACGCGGGCCUCGUGUACACCUUCUGCAGGCACCAGAUGUUCUACUCCAACCCUCGCUACAUCCUGUUCUUCACCCUGGUCCUCAACGACAUGAUCCAGAUGAGCGUGGGCAUCACGCUGUUCGUCAUCAGUUACGCCCUCUAUCGGAUCAGCGUGUACUCGUGCGCCCCCUUCAUCCUGAUGGCCAUCAUCACCACCGAGAACACGCCCCUCAUCCUGGCGUGCAUGGCGGGCGAGUGCUACGUGGCCGUCUGCCUGCCGCUCCACCGCGCCCGCAUCUGCACGGUCAGGAGGACGCUGGUCCUCAUCGCCUCGAUCUGGACCGUCAGCGUCAUCUCGGCCUUUCCGGACCUCUUCGUCACUUUGGCCACCGAGCGGCUCGACUUUUUCUCGUCCAGAAUCUUUUGCCUCCGAGAGACGGCCUUCCCCAGCGAGGCGUUGGCCCGGAAGCGCGACGUCACCUACAUCGUCUACCUGGUCCUGGUCUGGUCCGUCAUCUUCUUCACGUACUUCAAGAUCCUGUUCACCGCUCGAACGGCCAGCAAGGACGCCAAGAAGGCCCGGCGGACUAUCGUCCUGCACGGCGUUCAGGUUCUGCUGUGCAUGAGCACGUACGCCGUCCCUCUGGUCAAGGACGCGCUGCUCCGCGUCUUCCCCGAGAACUACUCCGACUCGCUGUUCGCCUGCUACGUCGUCGUGCAGGUGUGGCCUCGCUCCGUCAGCCCCAUCAUCUACGGCGUGAGGGACAAGUGCUUCAGGAAGUACCUCAAACGCUACCUCAUCUGCAGGACCGCCGGCCGCGUUCGCACCUCCUGA